AUGCUUUUUAAAAAAACUGGUGCAAGAAAUGAGCCCGAAAGCCAUUUAAAAUAUGAAAAACAGCUAAGAGUGGCAAGAGGCAAUAUUGAUUUAGCUAAACAUUCAUGUAACACUUCAAAGGAAUAUAAGUGUCAAAGAGGACAGAAAAAUAGAGCUUUCUGUUACUUUUGUAAUUCUGCACAGAAGUUACCAAGAUGCAUGCAAUGGGGAAAAACAAAAUGUAGGAAGUCUUCAGAUUGUGUCAUAAAGCAUGUUAGUGUAUAUAGGAUUGAUCUUGUAAUUGUGGGUGCAAUCUGUGAUUUCUGUGAAGGUUGGGUUUGCCAUGGGAGGAAAUGCUGUACCUGCCCUUUUACUGAUGUAGAAUAUGUUGAAUGUGAAAGAGGUCUAUGGGACCAUGAAGGCAGAAUAUUCAACUGCUCUUUUUGCCAUAAUUUCCUGUGUGAGGAUGAUAAAUUUUGGGGGGGGGGGGCCUGCAUGGUUUUGGAGAAAGAAACAUUAAAAUGUGUUUCCUGUAAUCAGCUGGGAGAGCACUCAUGCUUCUGCUGUAAGACUUGUUUCUGUGAUGAUCAUACAAGGUUCAAUGAUCCUCCCUGUUCUAAAUGUAGACAUGAAAUUCAAGAGACUAAGGAACUGAUCAUAUCAAUGUACUCCUUGAAAUGUGUCCGGCAAACAGGAAGUGAAGAAGCAGAUAGAGCUUUGGGGUAUGCUGCCUAUUGGAAGAAUCUUGCAUCAGGAGAGUAUGGAGAUAAAGGAUAUACAAGAUACCAGGAAGAAGAAGAUGAUAACUAUGAAGCAAAAGAGGACAAUGAGAAAAAUAAUGGAGGACAGUCAGAUACAGAAACCACAGAUCUAUUCAUUAAUUUGAAUUUAGUAAGGACCUAUGUCAGUGGUUAUGCUUACUGUGAGGAGCCUGAAGACUAG